GCUACAAUAAUUUAUGACCAGAACCUACCAGAAUUUAAGACCAUCAGCUUCGGAGCCCAUACUUCUCUAUAAAUACCAUACCGUCUCUUAAAAUCUAAAACCAUAUUUUUUACAAGUUACAAAAAGGUUAUUAGAUAUUUUAUCUAACAAGAAAUCAAAAAAGUAAAUUAUAAUAAGACAAUCUCCAAAUCGUCAUGAUAACAGUAGCUAUUGCCGCCGAGCUGCUUGAAGAAUACACGUUGGCGCUUGCUCGUAUCACCGCCACACUCCUCCCUCUACCACCAACAAGUCGCCGUCGAAGGGUGCGAGCUCCCACUAGCGGCGGCAGAGGUGAUUCUUCCCUGCCUCGUAGUGACGUCUCAUCAUCUUGCGCUCCAAAUUAUGCUGCUUUUCUCUUGAAUUUUUGAGUUCUUUUGUUAUAUGUAUAGACGAGAGAUUUUCGAAUUUUCUUCUUCUUGACUGUAAUUUCGAGUCAUGCAUGCUUGUAACUUUCUAUUUAUUUUCUGAUUUGGUGUUUUUCUACAGUGAUUAAUCCAAAAUUCAGAAAAGCAUUUAAAUUUGUUUAUCAUUUUCUUAUAACUUAAUUUGUUUAUUUGAUUGAGAAUCAAUAAGUAGACCGUUGGAAAAUUCAUGUAUCAUUGACGGUAGAUAACAAAGAACAUUGUGGAUAAGUAUGGAGAUAAACUGAAAAAGGUAUAAAAUAAAUUAUGAAG